AUGCAAAAAAUUUCACCAUCAGAAGUUACAUUUAUCCAACAAGGUGUUGAAAAUAAUAUUAGAUCAGAUGGAAGAAAUCGUGUAGAUUACAGAAAUUUUUCAUUAGAGACAGGGGAAAUUAUACAUGCAAAUGGAUCAGCAAGAGUAAAAUUAUCAGAUACAGAGGUUUUAGUUGGAGUUAAAGCAGAGAUUACACAUAUACAGCCUAAAGAAUUAACAAACACUCUACAAACUUUUGAUACAUCAAAGAGAUUGGUAUUCAGUGUAAAUUGUUGUCCAUCAGCAUCUCCAGAAUUUGAAGGUAAAGGUUCAGAAUUUUUAAAUAUAGAAUUGGGUAAACAAUUAGAAAGAUUAUAUAAAUUUAUAUUUAACAAAUCCAACUAUCAUGGUAAUGAUAAUUGUUUAUCAAUUGUAUCUGGUAAAUAUUAUUGGACUUUGUAUAUAGAUGCUAUAGUUUUGGAUUCCGAUGGUAAUCUUUUUGAUGCAUUAUCCAUUGCAACUAGAGCAGCAUUAUAUAAUACUAGAUUACCAAGAGUUAAAGCCAUUCAAGGUGAAUAUGAGGAAAUUACAUUUGAAGUUUCAGAUGAUCCAGAAGAUACUCUUAGUUUAUCAAUCGAAAAUGCACCCAUCUGUGUAACCCUUACUAAAAUCGGUACCCAAUUUGUUAUCGAUUCAACCCUUCAAGAAGAAUUAUGUAUGGACGCUCGUUUAACAGUUGGUAUUAAUUCUCAUUCAAAUAUUUGUAGUAUUCAAAAAGGUGGCAUUCAAGGUUUAGACCCAGCAACUAUUAAUCAAAUGAUUAAUACCUCUAAAGUAAUUGGCACCAAAAUUUUAAAUAUUAUGGAUAAAACAUUAAAAGAAAAUUGUAUUUAA